AUGGUAGAACCGGACACACCAGAAAUUACCACAAAUGAAGACGUUAAUAUAAGUACACAGGAAGUACGAAAUACGCUCGAAAAGCUAAAGAACAGAAAAGCUGCAGUCGAGCCCGGCUCGGCUCGGCUCGAAUUAUUGAGCCACGAACUCAACCUGCAGCUCGAUGUUCAAGCCGAGAUUCUAUCUCGAACUCGGCUCAAAAUUUCGAGCCGAGCUCAAGCUUAUCAAGAGCUUGGCUCGGCUCGGCUCGGCUUGGCUCGAGUCCAGCCCUACGCUAACCAUCGAACUCUUUUCAAUUUCUCGCUAUUGUUUCAGGAGGUGAUACGAUUGGAAACGCAAUAUUGGACUUUAGUGGACAUUCCGAAGCAGGAAAAACAAGAGACAGUGCCGGCUUUUGUUCUCAGAGCAUGUGCUAUUAUGGAAAAGACGCAAAAGUCUGGUGAGGGUGUCAAGACGUCGGCCAAGCUGGCCGAAGAAGCUCAGGAUAAACGGGAAAGGAUUGAAAGGUUAGAAAAUAUGACAACGUCGCAGAUAGACGCCGAGAAUACUCAAAUGACGAAUGACCUUUAUCGAUUACUAAAGAAGUAUUCUGGUUUGAGAAAUCUCAUCCGACAAUUAAAGACUGAAUACACUAAUGCCAAGUUAUAUCCAAUGGUGCUACGUUACUCUAUGUUAAAGGAUAUGAUCAAGGAUAUCAUGCUGCAUCCGGACUACAUGGAAGUAUGCCACGAAGUGGACGCAUAGCCAAAGUC